AUGAGUGUGAUCCGCAAGCCAAAUGCCCUCGCCCCCCUGCUGCUCUACGUCGCCCAAGGUAUCGCGCUGCCAUCCUCGUGGGCAAACGAUGCGCGAGACCAUGGCAGCGCCGACGUCGCUGAGUUCUACUUCCAACACGCGCCAGAGACAAACAACGUUGCGGCCCCAAGUUUCCCGUUCCAGUACUAUGGCCUGGAUGAAAUCCAGAGAGCGCUAUGGGACGAAGACUUGGACUUGGUCUCGGAGCUCUGGACGCGUCGGCCAGAGCUGCGCCACGACUACUUGCUCGAGUUUGUCGUAUGCAACAUCCAGUCGCCCAAAGCCCUUACGCUCCUCCUCGAUGCGGGCAUCGGUCAACCUCGGACUGUCGCUGUCGAGAACAUCCACCGUCGCAGCUUUGAGAUGAUGAAGAUUCUUCUGCCGUACUGUCUGCCCCCGAACGACCCGAUGGACAACCUCAUAUUCCUUGUCGAGUGGGUGCAUAAGCGGUCCAGCUCCUAUACCAAGUCAUUCCUGGUGUUUCUCAAGGCCGAGAUGAUCGCUCAAGCGACGGCAGCCAACUGUCGCUACAUUCACGCCGGCACCGAGAUCGAGGCGCUCACGGAACGCUUCUGGAGCGCGGCGCGACCACGUCGCGCCGCGACUCGAUUCCGCGACUUCCACCACCUUGUCGACUUUGAAGCGACGCAGGGCCAGUACGAGGGCGUCUACUUGCUCGACCCAGGGCUCUUCCGCACCUCGUACCGUGAAUGGAACAACCCAGAUGCGCCGCCCGAUGCUCUCACCACGGAAGAGCUCUACCUCAAUUUGCACAACACGCGGGACCCUCGCUUCCCGCUGCACUUGGCGAUACUCGAAGGCGAUCUGGCGGCGACCACAAGCAUCUUGCGCUGCCGCCCCGACCUCGCGUACCAAGAGGCUAUCGAAGCUGCGAUUCACCACGACCAUCUCGACAUCGCCACGUACCUCUUGGAGCAGCGGGCGACGCGUGUGCCAGAGCUCAACCGCAACUUUGAAGACGAGUUCCGCGGUCGGCCGUCGCGGCUUCUCGACGACUGGCUGCCUUCUUGCCACUCGACGCUCUACAAGAACGACGUGUCCAUUUUGGCGCUACUCUGGGCGCACCGGCAACGCGAUUGGGACAGCAACGACGUCGCACGUGCAGCGCUCGGGUUCAACGCGUUUGACGUACUUGGGUUUUUGAUUGAGCACCUGCCGACGUCGGCGCUUCAUGGCCUCUUUGACGCGGUGGCUGGGCAAGGCCAUUUGUCUUUGGUCGAGGCAUUGCACGCUCGCGGACUCGACUGCACAACCGAAGCCAUGGACAACGCCGCUGCCAACGGCCACCUCGAUGUCGUCAUCUUCUUACACGAGAAGCGAGCUGAAGGCUGCACGACCGAAGCCAUGGACAACGCCGCUGCCAACGGCCACCUCGACGUCGUCAUCUUCUUACACGAGAAGAGAAGUGAAGGCUGCACGAUGGCAGCGCUCAGUGGAGCGGCAGCCGAAGGACACUUGGGCAUUGUCCGAUUUCUCGUGGCGCACUGUGACGAGGGCGCGUCGCCUGACGCACUGGACACCGCGGCCGCCAACGGCCAUCUAAACGUUGUCAUCCAUCUGGACGAGCUCGGGCGUCUUGCGUGCUCGCCCGCCGCUGUCAACGAAGCCGCAAAGAACGGGCAUCUCGAUGUCGUGGACUAUCUCUUGACGCUUCGACGCGAAGGCGGAAGCCGAGACAGUGUCGUGCAAGGAGCCCUUGAUCACAGCGGGCUACCCCUUCCGACCACCAGUGGCGGCAUCAUGAAUGCGAUCCGCAAGCCAAAUGCCCUGGCCCUCCUGCUGCUCUACGUCGCCCAAGGUGUCGCGCUGCCAUCGUCGUGGGCAAACGAUGUGCGGGACCAUGGCAGCGCCGACGUCGUUGCGUUCUGCUUCCAACACACGCCAGAGACAAACAACGCUGUGGCCCCAGAUACCCGGUUCCAGUACUAUGGCCUGGAUGAAAUCCGGACAGCGCUCUCCAACGAAGAUUUUGAGUUGGUCUUGGAGCUCUGGACGCGUCAGCCAGAGCUGCGCCACGACUACUUGCUCGAGGUUGUCGUAAGCAACAACCAGUCGCCCAAAGCCCUUACGCUCCUCCUCGAAGCUGGCGUCGGGCAACCACAGAAUGUCGCUGUCGAGAACACCCACCGUCGCAGCUUUGAGAUGCUGAAGAUUCUUCUGCCGUUCUGUCUGCCCCCGAACGACCCGAUGGGCAACCUCGUCUUCCUCGUCGAGUGGGUGCAUAAGCGGUCCAGCUCCUAUACCAAGUCAUUCCUGCUGCUACUGAAGGCUGAGAUGAUCGCUCAAGCGACGGCGGCCAACUGCCGCUACAUUCACGCCGGCACCGAGAUCGAGGCGCUCACGGAAGCGCUUCUGGAGCGCGGCGCGACCACGUCGUACCUUCAACCAGAGGUUCGGGGCAUGCAGCAACAGGUGCUCUUCAAGUCGGGCAUUGCGGACUGGGGCCUCGCGACGCUCUUGGUGCACGUCCUCUCGGUCGACGCAGAUACGCUCAUGGAGGUGCUCCUUGCGUAG